UUUUUAAUCUGCCCUUUGAGUUCCUAAGUUCCUACUUUUAUUACACUUGCUGACAUAUGAUUCUAUGCUAUGAUUAAAUGCUAUGAUUCUCACUGUGUUGGUCCUGGGGAUUGGGCCUCUCUCUGAGGUUUUUAAUUUUCAUGAGAUUCCUCUUAGGGUUAUUUGCGUAUCAGGGGCUCCUGUUCUUGAUAGGAAGUAUGACAAGUUGCCACCAUGUUCGGGUUUCAUUUUGAGAUGUGUAAAGGAAGAGGUUAAAAGGAUUUUUUGAACAGAGCAGAUUUCUCAAUAUGACUUCAGAGACCACUUAUGCUGAAUUGAGUUUCAAAAAUGAAUCCAAGUCCUCAAGCACCAAAUCAUGGCCUCCUGCAGCUCCCAAAGAGAAGACCAGCCCACACAAAAGUAACCCCAGUUUUCCCAAGCUACUUUUUGCCUCGUUGCUGGUACUUCUGCUGCUAUUGACAAUCUCAUUUUUUAUCACUUUUAUCAAGAAAGAUUGGAGCUGCUGCCCAAAGGCCUGGAAGUCAUUUAGUUCCACCUGCUACUUUAUUUCUACUAUAACAAGAGAUUGGACUGAGAGUGAGAGGAACUGCUCAGAAAUGAAGGCUCACCUGCUGGUGAUAAACACCAAGGAUGAACAGGAUUUUAUCUUCCAGAACCUGGAUACAUAUUCUACUUAUUACAUAGUGUCGAACCCAAAGGGAAAACGAGAUUGGAAAUGGGUUGAUCAAACAUCAUGCAAUGAAAGUGUCACAUUUUGGCACUUGGGUGAACCCAGUAAUCUUGAUGAGGGUUGUGUUAUGCUACAUUUUUGUUAUCUAUCAAGAAAAUGGGGCUGGAACAAUGUUCCUGGUAAUGGACAUCGCAAGUCGAUUUGCAAGAUGAUGAAGAGCUACUUAUGAAUGGGAACAUUCUGCAUGAACAUUUAGUUGAAUUGGUAUCCACUAUUACAGAGAUAGCUAACUUGCUCUUUUUAUUCAUGUGUAAGUCUUGUGUAAGGAAUCUUCAUAGCAUUUUUCAGUAGGCUGUCACCUAUUCCAUUUAUGAUAGAAUCAGUAUACAUAUUCAUUCAUUUGUGCCUUCUCCAUGUGUAGAAAUCAUACUGGAGAGCACUUUUGCAGACACAUGGAGGAAGCAUGAGUAUCCUUUCCAAAUUUUUGUUAGAGAAGUUAGAUAUUUUGCUAAGGAGUUAGAUAUUGAUAUAAUUAUAUGAUGGGGUUCCUCCAUCUGUUUGGAUUUUUUUUUUCAUGAGGUUGGUCAAAAGCGAAAUAAUCCUGUUACUUUUCAUUACUCUCAGACAUAUUUAUUACCUUUAACUGAAGCAUAUUAUGUGACAGUUGGAAUGUGAUAUCAAUGGAAGUUAAGUUCCAGCUUUGUCCCAGUAGACUAUUUGGGGUUCUUAACAUUCUCUGUUCAGUCUUAGACUGUCAUUUAACAUCAGUGUACAGUCGAAGGGAAAUCAGAAAUUGAACAUUAGAGAUUUAGAAUUAGAAGUUAUUACUAGUGAGUUGACGUAGAUUUAUAAUCCCUAGUUUUUUUCUUUGCUUCAGUUUUAUAGUUUUUGUGUGUAGAUUGCCACUCAGAAUGGCUCCUGGUUUAUUCUUGUUCCCCUUUUCACUGAAGUUCUUAGUGACCAUUUUAUUUCUACUACAAUAUAUAAAACAUCAUAUUUUCAAUAAAGUCUGUUAUUCAUUGCUUUCAUAUGCUAAUUAUAAUUGAUCAUAAUAAAGCUGAUUCUAGCCAU